CUCUUCAUCAUCACAUCUUCUCACGACAACAGGACAGCAUCAAAACUUCCGAAGACUGCAACGUAGAUUAAAAGAAAAGUAAAACAAGAAAACCUUUGUGCUUAGAUUUCUUAAUUAAGAGGAAAUCGUUCAAGUUAGUUCUACUUGUGAUUUUUCAAUGGCUGCGGCAGUUUGUGCAACUGGGUUUAAAGGGGGUUUAUCAUCUUCUUUUCAUGGAAGUUGGGGAAAAUCAGUGGGUGGGGAAGAUUAUCCCAUGCUAGCCAAGACUGUUCCUAGCCAUGUUCGAGUGGGGAAGCCGGUCAGAUUACAGCCGAUGAUGGGAAAUAUUAAUGAAGGAAAGGGACUGUUUGCUCCUCUUGUUAUUGUUGCACGUAACAUAAUUGGCAAAAAGCGAUUCAAUCAGUUCAGGGGAAAGGCCAUUUCUUUACACUCACAGGUAAUAAAUGAAUUCUGCAAACAAAUAGGAGCAGAUUCAAAACAAAGGCAAGGGCUGAUUCGAUUAGCCAAGAAGAAUGGAGAAAAACUUGGAUUCCUUGCUUGAUAUGGUACAUUCUCCUCACCACCAUGGACACAGGAUUAUCAAUGUUUGAGAGAUUGUGUAAACUGCCACUGCAAUAUCUGAUGUUCUUCUGAUACCCAGAACAUAAUUCACAUUGUCAUCUCAUUUAUAGUACACAUCUUCACAAAGGCUCCACGGUUAACCACAAAGUGUACGCAGGCAUAUAGGUUGCUUAGAUUGCAUUUUCUGAAGUGUUUUUGAUAAAGAAAUUACUGUAACACUUUUAGAACAUAAUGUAUGUAAAAUGAAAAAAUGAUCGAUAAA